GAAAAGGGACUUAUGACAUCGACAUGAGUGAUUCUGGGGGUUCAAAUGAAGUUUAUUGCUUGUGGCAUAUCACUAUAUACAAUUGCCGUGACUCGGGAUAUUUCGUCGCCGUUUAUUUCGCAAACGCAAUUAUAUCCACUGUCGCUCUCAUUCUUGUCGGUAUGAUAGUCUUUAUGCGGGUAAGGGCAAAUUCAAAACCGGUACUCUGGAAACAUGGCACAUUUGCACCUCUGGAAGGAUUCCUCCUAUUUGUAACGAUGUGUUUGACAGAUAUCUUUCCUACUAAUUGGAUAUUCAGAGAACUGAUCUCUGACUUUCAAUGGAUGUUUGCGGUCAUUUGUAUAAUUACGUAUCUUGCCGGAAUUUUCCGUGCAAUUCCUCAAAUGGAGUUCUUCCAACCGUCUCAGGUGCGAAUUACCAAUGUUUACGUCCCGACUCUGUCGGUAAUACGUGCUGGUUAUUGGCUGUUUGUCGUUUUCACGGUAUUUGUUCCCGAGACCGCAGCAACGCUUGCUGGUUACUUUCGCAUGCACGACAAUCAGUAUCUGACUGAUGUGUUUACUGCCGUCCGACUACUUUGCUAUACGGUUUCGAGUGUAUUGAUUUCUCUUGGAUUUAUAAUAUACGGGAGAAUGUUGGUACGUUUAACUAGAGCAAGCUUUACGAUUGUACAAGGACGGGGUGCUGUUGAAGGAGACCGGACGUAUCCUACAGGAAUGUGGGAGCAGGAAUCACGAAUGGUUUAUGACGCAAAUAGGCCGGUACCGGUAACUGUUCAAACGGAAAGAGAGCGAGAAACUGAGAGGGCAUUUCGACAUAAAAAGUUCAAGUACGAUCUGAGAAGGAUGCGAACGUUCAACUACGCGGCUAUAUCGAUAUACGGGUUUUUUGGUGUUACGUCAUUUGCUCUAGCUUUCUGGUAUAAAACCAUAUUCGCAAACAUGUUACUUUCAAAGUUGCAGGCAUUUGCAGCAAAUGUCGGUUCACCAAUGACCGCAAUGACAGUUUUGGUUGCUAUUCUUCUCAGUGAAAUAGUGCGAUGCAGAGGUGUGACGAGUGGUGCCCGGCAAUGA